UACGUGAUCAAACAUAACCUCCAAAACUCAAAUUUUUCCUAACCUUACUUGUCGGAAAACAAGUUUUUCGAAAACAUGUCAAAUAGUCACAUUUUUCUUAAAUCUGGAUUUAUAAGAACUCCCUCCCAGAAUGGAGUUGGAAGAUACGUUUGCCAGCUACAGCGAGUUGUGUUAAAGUUCUGCAAAAAUAAUGGUUCUAGUAGAGGAAUGAGGGAAUUUGUCGAGUCCGAAUUAAUAAACUUUGCGAAAAACAACCCCGGGGUUGUGGUUUACCUAAAACCACGAAGACAUCGUGCUCCUGUGAUUUCUGCAGAGUUUUUGAAUGGUGAUAAGCAAUGGGUUAGCUGUCACAAUUAUUCCAAACAAGAUAUAAGCAAGUGGUUGAAUUUAUUGAGGACACAGUCGGGCAACACCACUGGAUUCAGACUGAGAAAGUUGCAGCAUACUGAUCAUCCGUCAAUCCAGGGGCCUUGGACACCUUACACAUUUAAAGAUCCCGCUGAAAACCUGGCGGAAUAUCCUAACACAGAAUUGUCAAAACCCAAAAUUCAACUAAAGACAGCAACUGAUGAACUUUUGGAAAUUUUCAAUAGUGUGCAAAUUUCAGAUAAAAAAGGGGUAGAGUGAUAUGUAAAUAAGUGUCAAUGUAGGUAAACAUGUAUUUAUUACAAGGAAUAAUACAAAACUAUAAUAUACAA